AUGGAUCCAGAGAUAGGCAAUGAUAUAGUUACUGCUCUUCGAAGUGAUUUAGCGGGAUUACAGUAUAAGCGCAAUAAAUUAAUUUCAGAGAACAGCGAUUUAAAAAAUCAAAUGUUGUCACGAGACCAGCGUAUAUUGGAACAACAAGUAGAAAUAGAUCAUCUUCGCGAGCAAAAUGCUCGUCAGAAUGCUAUCAUAUCAUCACUCAAAAAGAAAAUUCAAGAUUUGGAAGAGUUCAAUCGUAAUUUGCAAUCGUCGCAAGGUAGAAGCGAUUUGACCGUUCAAACCCUACAGAGAGAUAACCGAUAUUGCGAGGAAAAGAUAAAAGAUUUAGAAAAGAAGCUAAGGUCUCUCGAGUUGGACUGUCAUAAUGAGGAACAACAAAAGGAAAAUGCUCGGUGUCAGUUUCAUGACCUCAUCAGAAGGUUGUCUGUGGCUUUGGACGUGGAGUUUUGCGACACAGCUCACACGCAUUCGCCUGAAAGUUUAAUUAUAAAAGCGGCAGAACUGGUUCAAGAUAUAACAAGAUUAAAAAGCAAAUGCAUGAACACUACGGAGAACUUAUCAACCAUAGAACAGGAUUUACGCAGUUGUCGUGAUAGUUUGGAAAGGGCCAACUCUGAUAAAGACAUACUCCAAAGACAACUCUCUUCGCAUCUUCUUGACAUUGAGCGACUAAAACAAGAAAAGGAGUCUCUGGCGGUAUCUAAUAGAGUUUUAGAGAGAGAACUCCAUGAGGCGCGAGAAAAAUUUUCUCACUGUUCGAAAAAUUUAAACGUCGUAACGGAUAACGUGAAUCAAAAUGAAUCAAUGAUUAUUCAGUUAAAAGAGGAUUUACGACAUCGAGAUGAAAAAUAUCAAAGAUUACAAACAGAGUUUCGUAAUACUAUGGAAUCUAUUGCAAUCCUGCUAAGCCUGCCAACUCGCUUCGUUGAAGCUCAUGAGAGUACUAUUAAGGACCGAAUUAGAGAAAUACUUAGCGAUAAUAAAGAUAAAUCAGUGCAACUUGAAGCUUUCCGAGACAAAUUGAACCUGGAAAGCCAGCAGCUAGGCAGGACGGCACACUUGCACGAUCAAGCUUCCACUCGCGUGAGAAUUUUAGAGGAUGAAAGAAACAUGCUUGAAGGCAAAGUGCAUAAGCUGGAAUCAGAACUUAAUGCUUUGGAACUGUCUAAAGAUAACUUGCGAAAAGAUAAAGCAAAUUUCGUUGCAUUCCUUGAGCGACUCAGCCGAACUCUCAAUAUGGAUGAGUUAACACAAGACAUCGGUAUAGAACUCCACACUGAGUCCAUUAUACAUAGGGCCGAGCAACUGGCGAGACUCGAGAGCGAUAAAAUUGUAGACAAGCUGCUAUAUUAUGGAUACUAUGGCACACUGCCGAGGCUGCGAAGAGAAAGAUCUUUUCAUGACUUACCCUAUUUAAAAGAAACCGCAGUCGUUUAUCAACUGCAACGUCGAAUACGUAUUUUAAGAGAACAACUUCAGAGGAAAGACUUACAUUUAGACUUACUGCGUGGGUUAGCGUUCAAGUAG